AACUUCUAUUACAUCACAAUGCUGAGGGAUCCAGUGUCACGGUAUUUGAGUGAAUGGAAACACGUCCAGAGAGGUGCAACAUGGAAAACUUCCCUCCACAUGUGUGAUGGAAGAAGUCCAACGCCAGAUGAGCUGCCUACCUGUUACCUGGGGGAUGAUUGGUCUGGAGUCAGCUUGCAGGAGUUCAUGCAUUGUGGUUACAACCUGGCUAACAACCGCCAGGUUCGCAUGCUGGCAGACCUGAGCCUGGUUGGAUGUUACAACUUGACUUUUAUGAAUGAAAGUGAGAGAAAUAUGAUCCUUCUCCAAAGCGCCAAGAACAACCUGAAAAACAUGGCCUUUUUUGGACUCACAGAGUUUCAGAGGAAAACACAGUAUCUCUUUGAGAGGACAUUCAACCUUAAGUUCAUUUCCCCAUUCACCCAGUUCAAUAUUACCCGGGCCUCUAAUGUGGAUAUUGAUGAAGGGUCCCGGAAGAGCAUAGAGGUGUUGAACUUUCUGGACAUGCAGCUUUAUGAAUAUGCUAAAGACCUCUUUCUCCAACGCUUUCAGUAUUCCAAGCAAGAGGAGCACCAGAAGAACCGGCAAAAACGGCGGGAGGAGCGGAGGCUACUCCGGGAGCAAAGAGCGCACCAGUGGCAGAAGGAAGAAGCAGCAGCAGAAAUAGCUGUUACUGAAGAUUAUAACAGUCAGGUGGAGCGAUGGUGAUACUUUUCAUUCUUCGACAAAUAAAAGAAAAGAGAAUUGAAAACCCUGAUAAUUUCUUGAACUUGGUUACUCAGAGAUUACACAAGGAAUGAGUAGUGUUGCCUUGGUAAAUGAGACUGAGUCUCACAGCUGCCCUUCUUUGUCUUAGUUUUUCUUAGUUUCUAUCAGCUAGGAGAAUAUAUAUAUUUUUGUGUUUCUCAAUACUCCUUAUAUCAGUGUUAUUAACUGGCAGUGGAAUAGAUUCUUAUCCAAUACUAACUUCUUUCAAAGGCCUAAGCGAUGAGAGUGGCUGGAAAAGAUAGCUCUUUUUUUCCAUUAACAGAUGUACUCUGUACAGUUUGAACAGCUGAAACUUGUGAUGACAUGAAUCAAAAAUCAGAGAACCACUGAGCUGCUGACACUGGUGUAUUUCAGACUGUCCUGUGUAGCUGUGUUCUGUAUUGAAUGCAACAGAGAAAACCAUGUUGCCCUUUAGAUGUUUACAUGCAGUGUUUUAAGUAAGAGAAAGAAAAUACUAAAUGUGAUUAAAUUACAUUUAGGACUAGGUGACACAUGGGGCUGAAACUAUUCUUUUCAUUUCUGAAAGCCUGCAGUCAUGGGUGGUUUAUAAGUGAAAUGAGUUAUAAGGUCUUAACCUAAUCCCUAGCAGAUUUGGCUGUGCAUCACCAAAACCUGCUAGUAAGCAGGCUCCAUUCUGAGAGAGCCUGGCAAAUGAAUGGCAUAAGUACUACUGCUGAGAAAAGAGAUCCAUUCUGGGGAAGCUCACACAGGCCUGUUCACCCUAUCUGGGUGGAGGUAACAAUAACAGCUUUGACUUUUGUGAAAGGUGAAAUCCACAAAGGGCGUGGAAUAAGAAAGGCAAGAAAAAGAGUGGAAAAAGCUGAAGUAUUAGUCUGACGCUUUCCAAAUUUGUUAUAAGGGCUCUGUUCAUAAAGGUACACUGAAUCUUGAGAGGUGUAUGUGUUUGUUAUGAGCCUUGGUGGGAAGAGAGCUCUGAGCUGAAUGGGAUUGGGCCCAUGCUGUGCUGAGUUUAGGCAAGAAGAAGGGGUUCUUAGC